ACCUUUUGCUCCAUUUUCAAUUUUCUUUUUUCACAGAGAGAAGAGCGAUAAAGCAGCAGAAGCAAAAAAAAGAAAUUAAGCUCCCAUUGAUUUUUCUUAUUUCUAAUUCUUGAUUUUGUAUCAAUGGCUGGAAUCACUGGAAUCUUAAAGCUCGAAGCUUGGAGUAUAUUGUGAAGAAGAAAAGAAAAACGAUUUUUUUCUUUUCUGGGUUGGAUUUUCUCUUUUCUUUUUUCAUUUUUUACUUUCUUACCGGAAAUGGCAUGUCGGAGUAUGAUCGCUAGUAGCUUAGAUCCUGAACGGAAGCAAAGUGGAGGACUUAGAACAAAACAAGCAGGAAGAGGAUCUUGCCGUGGAAGUUAGUCUUUGCUCUUCCAUAAAAAUCAAUCUCCUUAUAAAGAAUUUUGAAAUUGCAGUGUUGCAAGUGAAGAUCGUUCUUAGUUGAAGCUGAGAUAAAGAAAGAGAGAAGCUAUGGGUGUUUUGCUGAGAGAAGCGUUGAGAUCUAUGUGCGUUAAUAAUCAAUGGUCUUAUGCUGUUUUCUGGAAAAUCGGUUGCCAAAAUUCAAGCUUGUUGAUUUGGGAGGAAUGCUACAACGAAAGCUCGCUUCCUCAAAGACUUUCUGGACUUGGCAUUGAUGCACAAGGGAAUGAGAAAGUUCAGUUACUUACAAACAGAAUGAUGUUGAACAAUCGAAUCAUUUUAGUAGGUGAAGGGUUAGUUGGCCGAGCUGCAUUCACAGGACAUCAUCAAUGGAUUCUAGCAAACAGUUUCAACCGCGAUGUUCAUCCUCCUGAGGUUAUAAAUGAGAUGCUUCUCCAAUUCUCUGCUGGUAUUCAGACUGUUGCAGUUUUUCCGGUUGUUCCUCAUGGUGUUGUUCAGCUCGGUUCCUCUCUCCCUAUUAUGGAGAAUUUGGGGUUUGUGAAUGAUGUGAAGGGUCUUAUCCUGCAACUCGGAUGUGUUCCCGGAGCUCUCUUAUCUGAAAGCUACAGAACAUAUGAACCUGCUGCUGAUUUUAUCGGAGUGCCUGUCUCUCGUAUAAUACCUUCUCAAGGACACAAGAUCCUUCAAUCUUCGGCUUUCGUAGCUGAAACAAGCAAACCGUAUUAUAACUCAUCAGAUCAUCGGAAUGAUCAGAUGGUUGAAGAAGCUUCAUGUAAUCUUGUGGAUGAACAGCUCAAGCAAGCAAAUAUGGGAGAUAGACAACAAGGAGGAUGGCAAAGCACAAUGGAAGUGAUACCAACUUCGAAUCCCGAUGCGUGGCUGAAUCAAAACUUCUCUAGUAGUAUGUCUAAUGUGGAUGCUGCAGUAGAGCAACAACAAAUCCCAUGUGAAGACUCAGGCUCAAAACGUUCAAGCGACGACUUGUUUGAUAUGUUGGGUUUGGAUGAUAAGAGCAGAAGUUGUGAGAACAGUUGGGGCUCUUCACAGAUGAGAACAGAAGUACUCACAAGAGAGUUAUCUGACUUCAGGAUCAUUCAAGAAGAGUUCGGUUCUUCGGGGUAUGAGCGUUCUGGAACAGAUCAUCUGUUAGAUGCUGUGGUCUCAGGUGCUUGCUCCUCCUCAAAGCAGAUCUCAGAUGAUACAUCAGAGUCCUGCAAAACCACUAUGACCAAAGUUAGUAACUCUUCGGUUACCACCACUCCAUCUCACAGUAGCCCUCAAGGUAACCAGUUUUACGAGAAGAAACAAGCGGGGACAUCAUCGGUUUACGGGUCUCAGAUCAGUUCUUGGGUUGAACAAGCUCACAGCUUGAAACGUGAGGGAAGUCCAAGGAUGAUGAACAAGAACGAAACUGCAAAACCGGUUACUAAUAACCGGAAAAGACUUAAACCAGGAGAGAACCCAAGACCAAGGCCUAAAGAUCGACAGAUGAUUCAAGAUCGUGUUAAGGAGCUGCGUGAAAUCAUACCAAACGGUGCCAAAUGUAGCAUAGAUGCGCUCCUUGAACGUACAAUCAAACAUAUGCUCUUCUUACAAAACGUGUCCAAGCAUGCUGAUAAGCUGAAACAAACCGGUGAAUCCAAGAAGAUAUUGAAAGAUGGAGGUGCGUUUGAAGGAGGAGCAACAUGGGCUUUCGAAGUCGGAUCAAAGUCGAUGGUGUGUCCUAUCGUCGUAGAGGAUCUAAACCCGCCUCGCAUUUUCCAAGUUGAGAUGUUAUGUGAACAAAGAGGAUUCUUUCUUGAAAUCGCUGAUUGGAUCAGAAGCUUAGGGUUAACGAUCUUGAAAGGUGUCAUUGAAACUCGUAUAGACAAGAUUUGGGCUCGCUUUACUGUUGAGGCGAAUAGAGAUGUGACGAGGAUGGAAAUAUUUAUGCAACUAGUGAAUAUUUUGGAGCAGACGAUGAAAUGUGGAGGCAACACUACUAUUUUGGAUGGUAUCAAAGAUACAAUGCCUAUUACCAAGACCUUACCGGUUACUGGUGGCUGUUCAAUGUAGAACCGAUUUGAACCGGUUUGGUUAAGGUGGAUUAUUAUAGAGGUUACGAGCGGACCGCUCCAGGAUUUAGGCUCGCUAUGACUAACUAAAGUCAUUCUGAAAAAAGAGAUGAUUUUUUUUUUUUUUUUUUUUUUAAGUUUCUUACUUUUUGUUUGUACAUUUAAAUGCUUCCUUUUUUGUUUCUCUUUUGGGCAUUUUUGCGAAUUUUUAUUUCUGUAUUGAAUCUCAUUUGUGUGGAUUUUUUGACUUUCAAUUAUGUGGAGUAUGGUAUAAUUAAAAGUUGUAUAAUGUGUUUUCAU